GGCUCCGGGCGCGCACACACACAAGCGCCCUCGCCCGCCACCGCUGCCAGCACCAGCGCCGCCGCCACCGCACCCGGACAGUGGCGAGCGACUGAGGGGACAAGGGAGGAGAGGUGGGCAGCCCAGGGCUCUGGCGGCCAGGCUGGCUCACCGCCUCGGGCAGCAUCCACCUGCCCCAGUCAACACCCCUCUUUCACACCAGGUCCUUCUCGGCCUCCUGCUGGACUCUCCUGCCCUCCUGCUGGGCUGAGGCCCUCUGCUCUGCUCUCCACGUCAGCCCAGACCCCCGCCAUGGGGACCCUCUCCAGGAGGAAGUCACGCCUGCUGCUGCUGCUGGCCGUGGCCCUGGCCUGCUGUCCAGCGUGGAGCUCAGCCCUGGGAUCCCUGUCCACCUUCGGCCCUGUCUUUGAAGACCAGCCCCUCAGUCUGCUGUUCCCAGAGGAGUCCACAGAGGAGAAGGUGACACUGGCGUGCCGUGCCCGGGCCAGCCCUCCAGCCACCUACAGAUGGAAGAUGAACGGCACCGAGAUGAAGCUGGAGCCAGGGUCCCGCCACCAGCUGGUGGGAGGCAACCUGGUCAUCAUGAGCCCCACCAAGGCACAGGAUGCCGGUGUCUACCAGUGCCUGGCCUCCAACCCAGUGGGCACUGUCGUCAGCAGGGAGGCUGUCCUGCGCUUCGGCUUUCUGCAGGAAUUCUCCAAGGAGGAACGAGACCCAGUGAAAACCCACGAAGGCUGGGGAGUGAUGCUGCCCUGUAACCCGCCCGCCCACUACCCAGGCCUGUCCUACCGCUGGCUCCUCAACGAGUUCCCCAACUUCAUCCCGGCGGACGGGCGUCACUUCGUGUCCCAGACCACAGGGAACCUAUACAUCGCCCGCACCAAUGCCUCAGACCUGGGCAACUACUCCUGCCUGGCCACCAGCCACAUGGACUUCUCCACCAAAAGCGUCUUCAGCAAGUUUGCUCAGCUCAACCUGGCUGCUGAAGACCCCAGGCUCUUCGCACCCAGCAUCAAGGCCCGGUUCCCGGCAGAGACGUACGCACUGGUGGGACAGCAGGUCACCCUGGAGUGCUUUGCCUUUGGGAACCCCGUGCCCAGGAUCAAGUGGCGCAAAGUGGAUGGCUCCUUGUCCCCGCAGUGGGCCACAGCUGAGCCCACCCUGCAGAUCCCCAGCGUCAGCUUCGAGGAUGAGGGCACCUAUGAGUGUGAGGCGGAGAACUCCAAGGGCCGAGACAGUGUCCAGGGCCGCAUCAUCGUGCAGGCCCAGCCGGAGUGGCUCAAGGUGAUCUCGGACAUGGAGGCCGACAUCGGUUCCAGCCUGCGUUGGGGCUGCGCAGCCGCUGGCAAGCCCCGGCCCACAGUGCGCUGGCUGCGGAACGGAGAGCCUCUGGCCUCCCAGAACCGGAUAGAGGUGCUGGCCGGGGACCUGCAGUUCUCCAAGCUGAGCCUGGAGGACUCGGGCAUGUACCAGUGCGUGGCAGAGAACAAGCACGGCACCAUUUACGCCAGCGCGGAGCUGGCCGUGCAAGCACUGGCCCCCGACUUCAGGCUGAAUCCUGUAAGGCGCCUGAUCCCUGCAGCCCGAGGGGGAGAGGUCAUUAUCCCCUGUCAGCCCCGGGCAGCUCCAAAAGCCGUGGUGCUCUGGAGCAAAGGCACUGAGAUUUUGGUCAACAGCAGCAGAGUGACUGUAACUCCGGAUGGCACGUUGAUCAUAAGAAACAUCAGUCGGUCCGAUGAAGGCAAAUACACCUGCUUCGCUGAGAAUUUCAUGGGCAAAGCCAACAGCACGGGCAUCCUGUCUGUGCGAGAUGCAACCAAGAUCACUCUGGCCCCCUCCAGUGCCGACAUCAACUUAGGGGACAACCUGACCCUGCAGUGCCACGCCUCCCAUGACCCCACCAUGGACCUCACCUUCAUCUGGACUUUGGAUGACUUCCCCAUUGACUCCGAUAAGCCUGGGGGUCACUACCGGAGGGCCAGUGUGAAGGAGACAGUCGGGGAUCUGACCAUCCUGGACGCUCAGCUGCGUCACGGAGGGAAGUACACAUGCGUGGCCCAGACGGUGGUGGACAGUGCGUCCAAGGAGGCCACGGUCCUGGUCCGAGGUCCACCGGGUCCCCCAGGAGGUGUGGUGGUAAGGGAUAUUGGCGACACCACUGUCCAGCUUAGCUGGAGUCGUGGCUUUGACAACCACAGCCCCAUUGCCAAGUAUACCCUGCAAGCUCGAGCUCCACCUGCAGGGAAGUGGAAGCAAGUUCGGACCAAUCCUGCCAACAUCGAGGGCAAUGCGGAGACCGCCCAGGUGCUGGGCCUCACACCCUGGAUGGACUAUGAGUUUCGGGUCAUAGCCAGCAACAUCCUGGGCACUGGGGAGCCCAGUGGGCCCUCCAGCAAGAUCCGGACCAAGGAAGCAGCCCCCUCGGUGGCACCCUCAGGACUCAGCGGAGGCGGUGGAGCCCCUGGAGAGCUCGUCGUCAACUGGACGCCCAUGUCACGGGAGUACCAGAACGGAGAUGGCUUCGGCUACCUGCUGUCCUUCCGCAGGCAGGGCAGCACAAGCUGGCAGACCGCCCGGGUGCUCGGUGCCGACACCCAGUACUUCGUCUACAGCAACGAGAGCAUCCGGCCCUACACGCCUUUUGAGGUCAAGAUUCGAAGCUACAACCGCCGUGGGGAUGGGCCUGAGAGCCUCACGGCCCUUGUGUACUCGGCUGAGGAAGAGCCCAGGGUGGCCCCUACCAAGGUCUGGGCCAAGGGGGUCUCAUCUUCAGAGAUGAACGUGACCUGGGAACCUGUGCAGCAGGACAUGAAUGGCAUCCUCCUGGGGUAUGAGAUUCGCUACUGGAAAGCUGGAGACAAAGAAGCAGCCGCUGACCGAGUGAGGACAGCAGGGCUGGACACGAGUGCUCGAGUCACUGAGCUGCACCCCAACACCAAGUACCAUGUGACUGUUCGGGCCUACAACCGAGCGGGCACUGGGCCCGCCAGCCCUUCUGCCAAUGCCACGACCAUGAAGCCCCCUCCACAGCGACCUCCUGGCAACAUCUCCUGGACUUUCUUGAGCUCCAGACUUAGUAUUAAGUGGGACCCUGUGGUCCCUCUCCGAAAUGAGUCUGCCGUCACUGGCUAUAAGCUGCUGUACCAGAAUGACUUACACGCGACCGCCUCGCUCCACUUCACCAGCAAGAACUGGAUAGAAAUCACAGUUCCCGGAGACAACGGCCACGCCCUGGUGCAGAUCCGGACCACAGGGCCUGGUGGGGACGGGACCCCUGCGCAAGUCCACAUCUCGAGGAAUGGAGGCACCAGCAUGAUGGUGGAAAACUCAGCAGUCUGCCCAGCCACGCAUUCUGGUGCCAUCCUCUCCCACUCCCUGGCGAUGCUGGUCCUCAUGGGCUGCCUGGAGCUCUGACUCAGCACCCUGCCCUCUCCACCGUGGUCAGGCACCCGCCUCUGAUGGACGCGGCCAGCUGGCCCCGGUCCCUUCCUGAUGCCAAGAUGGCCCAACACUGUGCCUGAGAAUGGCUGGCUUUAAAUACCUCCUUUAAGACAGUGCCCUUUUUGUAGGAGGUAGGUAUGUCAUAUUCUGCCACAGGGUAGAACCCACGUGAGGAUUUUUUUCUUUAAAUCAAGAGGCACCAGGCAGUAGCUUCCGUGAUGGCACCGAGCCCUGGCCUGGGCCUGCUAGGCUGCACAUCUGUGGAGACAGCACCCAGGUACUGCAUGUGAACUCUGUCCCCUGAGAGCGGAGGCCCAGACCCUCGGGAACACUGGGUGUGACUGGGCUGAAGGGGGACGAGGCACACACGCAGACAUCCCCCAGCCUAAGGAUAGAGCCGACCCUGGGGCCGAGGACUCACUGACUUUCUCAGGGGCCAACGUGGCUGGACCCUGACACAGCCCUCCAUGGCUCCCUGAAGGCUCUUGCCACCUGGCCAGGUGGCCAAGCACCAGUGCCCAAUAUCUGAGGCCAAGGAGCCCAGCCCUGCAGCUUUGGGGGGUGGCACUCCAGACUUCUGGGGCUGAGAGGCCAGGACACCUGGGGGAGAGGGGCACCAGACUUGGCCUCCUGUGCCCUCUUAGCCAACACUGCCAACCCGACCCUGUCACCCCUGAGUGACAGAGGCCACUACAGGUGGCUGGGUGACUAAAGGGCUUAUCUUGGGGAGGCCCCUCCCCACCAAGACCCAUCCUGAACAGUCCCUCCAGGGAUCAGGCAGGAGACCUGAGACGGGGGCAUGUGCCGCCCUCCUCCUCCAGCCCGGCCUGCAGGCCCCAGGACUCUGCUCUCCCAGCACAGCCCCCACGUGCCUGAAAGAGUAAAUGGCAUCAAUUCCAUGUGUCGUGGAGUCAGGAGCCUUCUGAGGACAGAUCAAUGUGGCCCUGCCUGCUCCCAGGAACACCCAGGACCACCUGGCCAGACCUGUCCCUGGAUGCCUGAAACCACUCUUUUGCAUUUCCCCAGAAGAAAAAGAGGUUAAUAAAUGCUCUGGGUAUAUUACCAGUCAGAACAUCAGAGCUGGAAGAGGCUUUAGGGCUCACCUUAUCAAGCCUCUCACUUCACAGAUGGAGAAACUGAGCUUGAACUUCCCAAGGUCACACACAUAGUGUGACAGUGACGGGGCUCCGAUGAGGACUGGAGUCUCUAGUCUCCUCAUUUACCCAGAGGAGGAACAGUGCUGAAAGGCCAGGGCCUGGCUAAUGUGGUGGUUAAGAAGGAGGGCGGGCUAUGAAAACUCUGCUCCAAGAGGUUCUGGUGGGUGAUCAUGGGGUUAAAUGGCCUGGCUGGGGCCCAGCCCAAGGUGCGGGUAGACUAUAGCAGACAUCGGUCCUUCUGUGCCUUCCGGGCCCGGCUUCUGCUAGGAUCUCAAUACGCAGUGCUGGCUUGAGCCCCCACCCCCCUUACCUUUGCUCCGAGAAGAGGCCACAGCAAGGACAGGGACCCCCAAAUCCAGGCAGUAGUGGCAACACAACCUGUGCUCUGACAGGUGGCCCUUAACAUUCGGGAGAAGCAGGACAGGUAUCCUGCAGGGGACAGGCCCCCUAAGCCUGAUUUCUGUAGUUUAUAGUUAGAGCUCUAUUUUGCUAUGGUUUUUUAAACUUUUAAGCCCUGCUCUAUUUUCCUGGGCAGGUUUAUGUUGAUGUUUUUACCCACUACAGUUUUUUAGAAAUGUAAGCUCACACCUCUUCUCCCCACCGCCGCUGCACCGCCCCUGCACCGUCCCCGGCCCCGCCAGCCCGGGACAUCAGACCUGGCCCUCCUCGCCUGCUCCCAUCCACCCCCCAUGCAAGGAGCUGGGGGCUCAGCUAUGCGACCGUUCCAUGGCAGGGACCCCAAACUCAGUCUAGCAUCCAUGUUGACCUCCGUGGCUGUGGUUUGGCCAUGCCCAGCUCCAUCAGAAAAGGGGAUGCCCAAAGAAAGAAAGUCUCCUCCAAGGUUUAGCUGGUUCUGUCCUCACUGCCUCAGGCCAGCGCGGGGAGAGCAGGGGACAGGUAUCUGUGCGGGCUUGGCACAGUCUGGACCAAUGCAGCUGGGGGCCGCAGUCUCUAAGCUUGCUUGAGUCAAAGACACAAGCAAGUGUCUUGGUUCUAAGGAGGCCCAUUAGCAAAAGGAAGACAGGCCUGCUGGGAAGCUGAGGAGGGAUGCCAACUAAGAAAACUCGGCCCCAAGGAAACCCAGCC